UGCUGAUCAAGCGUGGUGACCACUCUGAAACUAACGCCAAUCUCGAAUCUCGAUUUUAUCAAUCGCGCGUAGUCUGUUGCUAGCUCACAUAUUGGCACUAGGGCCACUAGAGUGACGCUUCUACGGCAAAAUUUGCGAUCAUUUGCGAUAAUCGCAGAUACUCGCGAUACAACUAGUUGCUGCGACCGUUAUAAUGAGGUUAUAUCUUUCUGUGACAAUAACAUAUGAAUGAAGAUGAGGCCACCGGCUGCGGAAUAUGCGAGAUUCACAAUCCACCAAUGACAUCCAUACCAUCUAUACCCAAACCUAGAAGAUCUCUAAGAUCAGAAAAUACAAACAAUAUUCACAGUCCACCAAUGGCAUCUACAUCAUCUAAACCCAAAUCUAGAAAAUCUCUAAAAUCAGAAGAUACAAGCAAAUACCAUUUUUUAAACAAUUCUCAAAAUUCAGAAAUGGAAAGAAACAUAUCAAGACAGCAAAAUAUAUCAAAUCAAUCUGAAACUGAAGAAUUAUUUAAAAAUCAAAGUUAUGAAAAUGCACAAGUGACAGAAAGUUCUAGUGAGGAAGACGAAAAGACAUCUUUACAUCGUUCACUAUCUUUACGUCGCUCUAGAACUAUCUCUCCAGAAAGAAAUGAUGGUCAUUCACAGAAAAUAAAGUAUGAAAGGGAUAUUAAGAAGAAUAAACAGAAUACAAGCAGCAAUCUCUACUUUAUCUGUAUUAUUUUAAUAGUAUUAGUAGGAAUAUUUUUCAAAUUACCUUUAAAUAACAAUAAAGGACAGUCUAUAAUCAUUAAUAAUCCUUUAUCGUUAACUAAAUCAGUCCAAAACCUCAAAGCUUCAUUUUCUAAUCAAGAAUUAGAUAUCUGGAGUGAUAUUUCAUCUACUAUAAACGAAGUGAUAUCAAGAACUCCCAAAAUACCUUCAGUAAUUCUGCUGUUUGCAAAGGAAACAACUACAAUGAAUUGUUUAGCUACUAAACUAGCACAUAUGAGCAGUGAUAUUUUAAAUGCAGAUAAUUAUCUGAUAUUUAAUCCAAAAGAUUUUGGAAACGAUGCUGGUGAGAUCAUUACUAUAUUAAACGAACAUUCUCCAGAGAAAAAAAAAGUUGUGAUUAUUCACGACAUAUUGAAUAUUAAUGCAGAAGCAAUAAAGGCAUUACAUAAUUUAUGCGAUAGAAUAAAUCCUUUAGUAGCAGAAGCUAUUUAUAUUCUUACUAUGCAAACUAACAGUUCUUUGUCACAACAGAAGAAGCUAAAGUUUGUAGAAAAUCAGAUUUAUAAUCGAUUAUCAAAGAGCAUCGAUCAGGAUAUUUUGAUAGCACUUAUAACGCGCAUUACAGAUGGGGUAAUUAUAUCGGUACAACCUGAACCACAAUUAAGAUAUUGUUAAUCUGAAUUGAAGAAAAUAAGCAUAUACAAUUAUAACAACACAUUGAUAUAGUUAUGUAAAUUACAAAGUUAAAUAUGUUUUUGUCAAUAAUAAAAUUGUUAAUUCAAAGCUAGCGCCUUAUGUGCAGUUUGCUAUUCGAAGAGAUUCAUUUCAUUCAAAGGCAGAUUCAUCGAAUUUGUAAUUAUUUAUUUAUUAUUUAUGUCGAGUCACUAACAAAAUGGUAUUUUAAUGAAAUUAAAAUAAAUCAAGAGUUUAGUUUGUGUUGAUUGAAAACUCUUAAAUGUAAAACUUCGCCUCAACAUUUUCGAUAAAUGUAAUAGUAAUGAAGUACAAUUAUAUAUGAGCUGCGUUUCUAUUCAUUUUAAAAAUUUUCUAUUCAUAUUUAAAAACAGCUAUUAUCAGGAGACAUGAUAUCUUAAAUGUCAAGUCAUUAUCAAUAAAAAAAAUAAAAUUACUAA